AUGACAUCUCUAAUAUACUGUUGGUUCGGAUUUUUCAAAGAAUUCGAUGCCAUCUAUGCUUGGCCACAUCAUAGCUCGACGGCUAUAAGAUUUGCACCAACCAUCAUCUCUCCAAAGUCUUAUAGCUUGUUUCAUUAUGAUAUUUACGAUUUUGUGAUUGAAGGUGACCCAAUGCGAUCAUCUCAGGUUGGCAUAUUUCUGAGCGGACGCAGAGACAACUGGUCAUGGCGAUCGGUCGAUUGUCACUUCAUUCUGUCAAGUGUGAUUGUUACUGCUACUAUGGAUAAUCUAACAAGUGAGCCUGCUGUCGCUUGCACUAUACCAACUAAGGAACGGGUGCUUCUUAAAAAAGGGGCCAAUUUUAUCUCAGUUUCGUUUUAUAUAAAUGACACAUUUCUUCAAAGUAAAGCCUUUACAACAACCCCGGCUAUAGCGGUUCCAUUUUAUGAGCGCUUCUAUCAUAACAUCUCAGUCUAUACUAUGGUAAAAAACAAACGUAAGGAGCUAAUAGAAUGGAUCGAGUACCAUUUGUUAAUCGGCAUCGAACAUUUCUACCUAUAUGACAAUCGAGGAACAGAGCAAUUAGGUCUAUUUCUGAAACGCUAUCUUGAACUAGGACUUGUAACUAUUGUAUAUUGGCCAUACACGCCUCCCUCGGGGGCUCACUGGAACAUAAUUCAAAGUGCCUCUAUGAAUCAUGCAUUAAAAAAUUUCGGACCAUUUAAUAAAUGGCUCGGAUACUUUGAUGUUGACGAAUACUUUCAGCUGAAUUCUACUUUAAUAAAGUCAGUUAUUUCUAAAUCAUAUACACUAGCUGAUCUAUUUGACUACCGAUUUCCAGAACAUGAUUAUCCAAGCGGAGCACAGUUUGUAAAUUGCCAAAUAUCUUGCUUCCUUUCUCAAAACGAGAUAGUUGCUAGUCGUUAUACUCUCCUUUUCCAAAAAUGUAACAUAGUGCCCAUUCAUAAUCAUUGCAAUACCGCAGCAAAAAUGUUUAUUCGACCACACAAUGUUCCAAUAAUGCAAAAUAUUCAUGUUUUACCAAUUGGCAUGGUGUUUGCUCAAAAUGUAACGUUGGGACAGUUUGGACAGUUUCGACAUUAUCAUCAUGGCUCUGUUGGCUCUGACUUGAAUAUACAAGGGGUUAGGGAUGAAUCAAUGGACGAAUUCAUAUCACUACUCUUUAGUCGAGUGAUCACUUAUUGA